AUGGCUGCUGCUACUACUACUGAUUACGACCAGAGAAAAUAUGACUUGGUUGUCUUUGGUGCUACUGGAUUUACUGGUGCAUUGACUUGCGAGUAUUUAGCAGAGAUUCAAGACAAGGAUCUUAAAUGGGCUCUUGCUGGCCGCAACUUGGCUAAACUCGAGAAAGUGAGAGAACGACUUACCGAGCUGGAUUCUUCAUUAAAGGACAUUGAUCUCCUCAUCGCCGAUUCCAGUCAACCUGACACACUGGAUCAAGUGCUAUCACAAACACGAGUUGUCAUCAGCACAGUGGGACCUUUCAUAAAAUAUGGCACGCCUCUUGUCGAGGCUUGUGUUCGUCAAAAGACGCAUUAUGUAGACACUACUGGCGAGCACCCUUGGAUUAAGAGAAUUAUCGAUACUUUGGAUGAUAAGGCAAAGGAACGUAAUGUGAUUAUUGUGCCUACGUGUGGCUUCGACUCUGUGCCCAGUGAUUUAGGUGUCUACAUGCUUUCAGAAUACGUUCAUAACAAGCACAAUCUCGAUUUGGCCUCAGUAAAGAUGAGUGUCACCAAAAUCGUUGGAGCUGCUUCUGGUGGUACUAUUCAAUCCAGCAUUGGUGUCUUGAUGGAUUCUUCCAUCACGCGACAACAGCAAAUGGAUCCUUACUUGCUAGCUACUCAUCGUGGUGUUGAUAAGCCUGCACUGCCUAUCAUGAAGCGUGAUCACGAUUUUGGCAACACAUGGCAAGCCUUCUUUGUAAUGUCUGCUAUUAAUGAAAAGGUGGUCAGACGCAGUUGGUCUAUUUGGGCUGAUCGUGGCAAGAGUUAUGGUAAUCUGUUCAGCUACAGGGAAACUAGCUCUGCCUCGUUCUUGAAGGCAUUCCUUAUCACUUCCUUCUUGUAUACUGUAUUCCCUAUCUUUGGUAUGUUGCUCAAGGUGCCCUUCUUGCGUAAAAAGAUCAUCAAUGCCUUGCCUGGCUCUGGUGAUGGCCCUAAUGCUGAGGCUAGAGCCAAAGGCUGUUUCGAUUUUGAGUUUGUUGGUAUAGCUGAAAGUGAGCCUUAUGACGAACCUGUUCGUGUCAGGGGCAUUGUAAAAGGCUUCAGAGAUCCUGGUUACGGUGAUACUUGUCGUAUGGUGGCAGAAUCAGCAUUAUGUAUUAUCAAAUCAUUGAAAGAUUUACCUGGUAAAGAAGGCGGUAUCUUGACACCUGCCACUGCCUUUGGCAAUGUCUUGUUGGAUCGUUUAAGACAUAACAACGGUAUGGUCUUUGAGGUCAAAGAUAUCUAA